CGAAAACGUUAUCGUAUUCGCAAAUAAAAUUUGUGAUGUUAAUCCAGAUGGCAAUUACACUCAAAUUGGAUUAGAAUGGCCAAAAAUUGUAGCAGCAACUACUUAUUGUAACUUUAUUUACGCUAUUCAUCCUGAUGGAUUCAUUUACAAGAUUAGUACUUCAUCUUACACUAAUGUUUUCAAAUGGGCUGAAGCAGGAGGUGGAUGGGAAAGAGCGAAAGCAAUUUUCACUUACAAUGACCACAUUUGCAUUGUCCGUGAUUCUAUCUGUCUUGACGGAAUGGGCAAAACCAUUCCAAUUACUUAUGACGUAUAUCUUACAAUAGUUGAUACAAAUACUGGUUUGAAACAUGUUAUACAUAAAAAUUGGAAUUCAAAAUUAGCUG